AUGGAAACUGAUAUGCAUCGUGUAAUUCGCACUCAAGAUUUGAGUGAUGAUCAUUGUCAAUACUUUAUUUAUCAGACUUUACGUGCUUUGAAAGCGAUGCAUUCCGCCAAUGUUCUUCAUCGUGAUUUGAAACCAAGUAAUUUAUUGCUUAAUGCUAAUUGCGAUUUGAAGGUAUGCGACUUUGGUCUCGCUCGAAGUGCGAACUCUAGUGAUGAACAUAGCGGAUUUAUGACUGAAUAUGUUGCAACUCGAUGGUAUCGUGCUCCAGAGAUUAUGUUAACGUUUAAAGAGUACACCAAGGCCAUCGACGUAUGGUCUGUUGGUUGUAUCUUGGCAGAAAUGUUGAGCGGAAAACCAUUGUUCCCUGGAAGAGAUUAUCAUCAUCAACUUACACUUAUCCUUGAUGUACUUGGCACACCAACAAUGGAAGAUUUCUAUGGCAUCAAAAGUAGAAGGGCUAGAGAUUAUAUUCGUUCUCUUCCUUUCAAGAAACGUAUUCCUUUCACUCAUAUGUUCCCUCAUGCAAAUCCAUUGGCUCUUGAUAUGUUGGAAAAAUUGUUAUCCUUUAAUCCUACAAAAAGAAUUACCGUUGAAGAAGCUUUGAAACAUCCAUAUUUGGAACCAUAUCAUGAUCCUGAAGAUGAACCAUCUGCCGACCCAAUUCCUGAAUCAUUUUUCGAUUUUGAUAAACAUAAAGACCAAUUGUCGAAAGAACAAUUGAAACGUAUGUAUCAAUAUUUAUUUUAUAAAUAA